AAGGCAGGCGACGACGAGAGUCAAAGCUGAUAAGGCUUGCAACACAACACAACAACAAACAGAGGCAAACAAAGCGAAUAAACUUGCCACACACCACGAAAACAGCAACUUGCCACACACCACGAAAACAGCAACUACAACACAACAGUUGCACACAUUGACAAAGCCAAGCAUGAACUUCAGUGCGUUAGUGCGUACCGUAAGCAAUAGUCUGAAAAUUGGUGUGGGCUCCAAGAAGCAACUAGAGCCGCUUACGCCCGAGAGCUUCUCAACCUCACCCACAUCCACAAGCACAUUGCCAACUUGCAGCAGUCGCAACGGCUCGACCGAGGUUAAGAACCUCACUCUACCACGACAUCCUUACAAGAAAACGGUAGAGCAAAUUCUACAAAAGGUUAGCGAACUAGAGCAUACACUCUACGAGGAUCAGCAGCAGGAGUUUAAGCUGCGCAUGGCUUUAGAACGGCAAACGGAGCGCGUGCAUGAUCUCAACUUCUCGCUGGACACGGAGAAACAACGUAAUGCACGUUUGGUGCAAUUGCUGCGUGGCAUGGACAGUGGGUCCUCGGAUGAAAAUGAGGAGCACGAGGCACAACAGCAAAUGUUGUGUGGCACGCGAUUUCAGUCCAGGAGCGAACUUUACGAAUCGAUAAGUCCAUUGUUAAUGCAACAGCGUUACGAUGAACUCUGCGUUACGCAUCGCCAAACCAAUCGUCAGCUGGCGAAAAAGGACAAAGCCAUUAAACUGCUCAGGUGUGAUCUGGAGGAGCUUAAUGGAAAAUAUGAUCAUUUAUAUGAUGAUUAUCGGAAUGAGCAGCAACGCUUACAAUCCCUCUGUACUCGUUAUAUGCAAAUGCAGCAAAAAAAGAAGCAACAGAUUUGUUUACUCAAAGAAACAAUUAGUUUUGCCUGUGAUUGCUUUUUAAACGCACAGCUGGCCAUUGAUAGCUCAGAGCGCGGCGUGGAAAUUGAUAAAACUGUUUUAGCAAAGUUUCAUAUAAAUUUUGAGUUUUUCAUGAACUCUUUACGUAAUUGCUGCUGUGCGCGCAGAUUGCGAGAGUUGCAACAGCUCCAACAAAAACAACAACAACAGAAGCAGCCUGAGCAGAACCAAGAUAUCCAACAGAAAAAUGCGUAUCAGGAGCAACACCAACAAGGACAACAGAUGUCACACAAGCGGCGAAAUCGCAAAAGUCACAAACAUUAAAAAUGUUUUUAAUUUCCAAAAUUUGGUUUGGUUAUUUGAAAUCUUGUAUAACACGUGGUUGUUAUCAUAAUAUUAAACAUUAAAAGCUUAACUUGCAAACAA